AUGAUCCAGGCAUACGUCCUAUUCGCUCUGGUGGUGGUCCAUGGUUUACUCUACGCAUCAUGGGUCGCGGCCUACAACCACGCCCGAAACCUAGCCCACUUACCUUCGGUCUUCCCAGUACUGAACCCCACAUAUUUGUAUCACGAGGUCUGGCCCGGCAAUACGUCCUCACUUGGUAUCUGGAGGGCGUCGCUCAUCUUCACUGGGUUCACGACUAGUUUGAUUAUGCUGGCUGUCUUCAUCACCACGUUCCCAGUCAUAAGGCGAAAGCAUUUCAAUGUCUUUUACUUUACACACUUGCUGAUGAUAAUAGCCGUCGUCGUCAUUUGCCUGCACGCGAGUACGAUGUUCUACUGCACAGCACCUGGAUUAGCCAUGUGGGUACUCGACUGGGGCAUGCGGAUCUAUGAGCUGAGUGGGAAGAUGGACAGUACUUUGGUAGCUGUUGGUAAAGGGUGGUUCUGUCUGAAUGUACCACUGCCACGGAAUCGACUCAAAGGUUGCGCAUGUCACUCUCCGCUUGCUCAUUUCCACAUACACCACACCGAAUCCUCCAUACGAGAAAUCCACCCUUUCACAACCAUUACGCACCUGGCCUCACAGAAGCUUUCUUCAUCGGACUCAGACAAGAACAUUAUGAUCCAAUUUCUCUUCCGCAAAAGUAAAGCAUCGAGUUACUCCACGUCCAUGACAGAACAAACUCCUGAAAGGCGUCUAAAGAGACAAUGGACGAACAAACUUGCCGACCUCGUUGAUGAAGUGACAGUAGACCUGUCGCCACCAUCGGAAAGGAUGGAAGAAUCAGAUCUCCAAAGACAGCGACUUUCCACCCAGUACCAAACCACUCUUCGGCUUGAAGGGCCAUACUUCACGCCUGCUAAUCCAGCAAGUUACGAUACUGUCAUCUGCCUCGUCGCUGGCACAGGCGUCACCGGAGCCAUCGCCAUCGCUGCAGCAUUCCGCCGACAGUCCACGAUAGAGGCCUUGGAGCCAGAAACAACCAUGUUUGGGCAUGAGAAGAUACGCGGCGCCCCGUUAGAGCGAAACUUUUCCAUUUCAAGCUUCUUGGCACCUUCAGGGGCGGCGAGCAUUUGGAAGCGAUGUGUGGUCGUGUGGAGUGUGCGGGAGGCUGAUUACAUCGAUCUCCCUUUCUGGCACGGUAAGCAAGGAUCCUCUGUCUUUGAUCCGAUUGACGAUCUGACUUUGCAGUAG